AUGAGGAGAGGAAUUGGUCCGAAGACCCAAAUUGCCUGCGAAGAGAAGACGGUUAGCUUGACGCUCAGCGCGGGGAGUAGUAGCGAGGAUAUUGGGGAGAGGGAAGGAGGGUUGCGAGUUGUAGCACCCAGAAAGCCUGACUGGAUGCGAUUCAAGCACUGGCUCGCGAUCAGGGUGUUUUCAAGGCGCAAUACGAUCUUGGGACGAUGCCUGGUGUUGGAAGAGCCGAGGAGAUGAUUGCGAGGCAGAUGGGGAUGGGAUACAUACGCCAUGGUGGUGGUGCAGGUGGAGGUGGUGGAGGUGGAAGAGAUAGAGGAGAUGAUGCUUGA